CAACUGAUCCAGCUAAAGACAACUGAAAUGGCAAAUAAAGACUUGGAUAGAUACUACAAUGCCCUUGACAAAGCACUAAUGCGCUUCCACACAAUGAAAAUGGAGGAAAUAAAUAAGAUUAUAAGGGAACUGUGGCAGCAGACAUACAGAGGUCAAGAUAUGGAUUACAUACGAAUACACUCAGAUUCCGAAGGUGCAGGCACCCGCUCUUACAGCUACAAGGUUCUUAUGCAGACUGGUGAUACAGAACUUGAAAUGAGAGGGAGAUGCAGCGCAGGUCAAAAGGUUCUUGCUUCAUUGAUAAUUAGGCUGGCUUUAGCUGAGACAUUUUGCUUAAACUGUGGAAUAUUAGCCCUCGAUGAGCCAACUACAAACCUGGAUGGGCCCAAUUCAGAAUCUCUUGCAGGAGCUCUUCUUAGGAUCAUGGAAGACAGAAAGGGCCAAGAGAAUUUCCAACUCAUAGUCAUUACCCACGAUGAACGCUUUGCUCAAAUGAUUGGCCAACGGCAACAUGCUGAAAAAUAUUACCGGGUCGCAAAAGAUGAUAUGCAACACAGCAUAAUCGAGGCCCAAGAGAUCUUUGAUUGAUAAACUGGUUGCUUGUUCUAUAAACCAACAUAACAACUUUAGCUAAUGUUUAACGGUAAGCUCAUCUUUUUGUAGCUUUCUUGGCUCUGUUAUUUACAACUCUACAUAUUGUUUGAUUAGAUGUGUGCAAAAUUUUCAGUUGAAUUGAAAAAUCGAUAUGUAGAGGUAACUCUUUCAACCCUUAAAGUUUAUGCAAAGAGAAUGCAACGACAUUCCAAAGUUUGUUGA